AUGAACAACGCUGGAUUUGGCUUUGUCACCAACCCCUUUGGAGAUACAAAGCCUUUCUACCAGAAGGCAGUAAGCACAGAAUCUGACAGAAGCUCAGCACAUACACCUCCAGCACUAACCGCCACUAGGUCACCAAAUUCAUCCUCGCAUAUGAUGACAGCUAAUAAUCUUGGUGCCUUACCGAUGGCUCAUCACAGUCAUGCAGUUCACGCUCAGUCCUAUCCAUACGGUUACGAUUGGACAGCCCAACAACAGGCUGCAGCAGCAGCUCAAUUAUCUGCCCAACAAGCCGCUGUAGCGCAACAGGCUGCUGCAGCUGCUGCAGCCAAUGUUGCAUCUGUAUCUACAGCAUCGGGUUCAUCAUCUACAGCUAAUUCUUCUAGUGCAGUUGCCGCUUUUUUACAGUCUUCAAGCACAAACGGUAAGACUGAUAGAAACCUAACUACAGCACCAGAUUUUAAAGGAUUUGAUAUGAUGAAUAAUCUAUGUCAACCGGGUGCUGAUCUAUAUGGACCAAAUUUUCAUGCACAUGCCGCAGCUGUAGCAACAGGUCAUACUUGGCCCUACGGUUAUGGUCAACAGUAUUCUUUUGGUCCACAUCCAUAUUCCGGUGCAGUAGUUGCUGAAAUGACCAAUUUAGCAGCACUAUUUUCUGCAUAA